CUAAGAUGGCGGCGGCGGCGGCAGCCGUGGCGGGGGCGGGGCGCGGUGGCGGGGGCGCGGAGCCCGGGCAGGAGCGGAGCCGGGCCCGAGGUUGGGUCGGCGCGGAACGCAGCGAAGGCCGGAGGAUGGAGCCAAGUGAGGAGCCAGAGGAGGAGGACUCUCCAGGUGGCAGAGAGGAUGGCUUCACUGCUGAGCACCUGGCCGCGGAGGCCAUGGCAGCCGACAUGGACCCCUGGCUGGUGUUUGAUGCCCGUACCACGCCUGCCGCUGAGCUGGAUGCCUGGUUGGCCAAGUACCCACCAUCCCAAGUUACCCGCUAUGGGGACCCAGGUUCACCCAACUCUGAACCUGUGGGCUGGAUUGCAGCCUAUGGGCAGGGCUAUGCCCCCAACUCAGGUGAUGUACAGGGCCUCCAAGCAGCCUGGGAGGCUCUGCAGACCAGCGGCCGGCCCAUCACGCCAGGUACCCUGCGCCAGCUGGCCAUCACCCACCAUGUGCUUUCCGGCAAGUGGCUGAUUCACCUGGCACCUGGCUUCAAGCUGGACCAUGCCUGGGCUGGUAUUGCCCGUGCUGUGGUUGAGGGUCAGCUUCAGGUAGCCAAGGUGAGCCCACGGGCCAAGGAGGGUGGGCGGCAGGUCAUCUGUGUUUACACUGACGAUUUCACGGACCGCUUGGGUGUACUGGAGGCAGAUUCUGCCAUCCGUGCUGCAGGCAUUAAGUGCUUGCUUACCUACAAACCAGAUGUCUACACCUACCUGGGCAUCUACCGAGCCAACCGCUGGCACCUUUGCCCCACUCUCUAUGAGAGCCGUUUCCAGCUUGGAGGCAGUGCCCGUGGCUCUCGAGUGCUGGACCGUGCCAAUAAUGUAGAACUGACCUAGGGGAGCUAAGAGGGAGAGACCAUCCUCUGCCCCCUGCUGGGGAUGGAUCCUUCUGUCUCCCUCCUCCUUGUCCCAAGAAGGCCACGUUCCCUAGUUCUGAGGACUAGUUCAAUGGGAACUGCCUGCACUCAGACCCCUUGGACUUAUGCUCUCUGUGCAGGGCCAACUCCAGCCCUACAGGCUGGGGGCUCUGGCUCCCUGAGGGCCGGGCCCUCAGUGUCCCUCUUUGAUGCUGCUCCCCUCCACUGCCCAGGACCACAGGUUGGGUGCAGAUACUCCAGAGCGCCUGUCCUGGCCACCUCUGUUCCUCUACUACUGUCCUCUCCCUUUACCUGCAUUCUUCCCUCCUUCCUCCCUCAUAAGGGAGAAAACCUAGUGCUACCAGUCCCUGCCCUUGGAGCCAUCAUAGUCCAGGUGGCAGGGGUCCUGAAGGACUGAGCAUGCUGUUUGGACCUGUUCAUCAUCUGACCAAAUGGGGGUGCAAGGUCAUGGACAUGGGACCUGCCCCUGCCAAAUCACAGCCUGCAUCACCCAUCAUCCCUUCCCUGCCUACCUUGACAUGUGCCUGCUCCUGGCAUUUCAAUAAAACCCACCUUGGGUCUAUGUCUUGAGUGUUUUUUA